UUUCUCUAGUUUUGUUUUAUUGACUGAACCACAUUUUCUAGUUCCUUUGACUGGCCACUGUCUUGGGACUUGCAGCCCUAUAGGAUUGCUGGGUGUAGAGCUCAAGUAGAUAUGUUUUUUUGUUUUGUGUUUUCUGCUCCUUGGAGUUGUAGAGGUCUAGGCUAAACCAGAAACUGUCACUACUCUAGCACCUCUCAGAAAGAAGCUGCACGGCACUGCAGGCUCUGUCCAUUUUCACAGUUACCCUAUGGAGUUACCAGGACCCAGGUUUUUCGUUGGAAUAUACGUUGCACAUUUAUGGCGAUUCUGAGCGUGAGGGCAGACUUCUGCCAGGCUCAGCACAGCGUUUUCGCUGACAAGUGAGCUUGGGGGUUCUAUGUGCCAUAAUUAACAUUGCCUUGAAGACUCUGGACACCGAGACUGGCCUCAGAAAUAGUUGGCUUUUUUUUUUUUUUAUUGCAAGCAUAUUUCUUUUAAUGACUCCAGUAAAAUUAAGCAUCAAGUAAACAAAAGUGGAAAGCAACCUACACUUUUAACUUGUCUCACUAGUGCCUAAAUGUAGUAAAGGCUACUUAAGUUUUGUAUGUAGUUGGAUUUUUUUGGAGUCUGAAGGUAUCCAUCUGCAGACAUUGAGGCCCAAGUUGAAUUUGGAUUCAAGUGGAUUCUAAAUACUUCUGCUUACCUUGAAGAGAGAAGCUUCUUAAAGAAUAAACAAGUUGAAUAGAGAAAACACUGAUCAAUAUUAGGCAUUUUAGUGGUCUUUUUAAUGUUUUCUGCUGUGAAACAUUUCAAGAUUUAUUGAUUUUUUUUUUCAUUUUCCCCAUCACACCCACACACGCACGCUCACACUUUUUAUUUGCCAUAAUGAACCGUCCAGCCCCUGUGGAGAUCUCCUAUGAGAAUAUGCGUUUUCUGAUAACUCACAACCCUACCAAUGCUACCCUCAACAAGUUCACAGAGGAACUUAAGAAGUAUGGAGUGACAACUUUGGUUCGAGUUUGUGAUGCUACGUAUGAUAAAGCUCCAGUUGAAAAAGAAGGAAUCCACGUUCUAGAUUGGCCAUUUGAUGAUGGAGCACCACCCCCUAAUCAGAUAGUAGACGAUUGGCUAAACCUGUUAAAAACCAAAUUUCGUGAAGAGCCAGGUUGCUGUGUUGCAGUGCAUUGUGUUGCAGGAUUGGGAAGGGCACCUGUGCUGGUUGCACUUGCUUUGAUUGAAUGUGGAAUGAAGUAUGAAGAUGCAGUUCAGUUUAUAAGACAAAAAAGAAGGGGAGCAUUCAAUUCCAAACAGCUGCUUUACCUGGAGAAAUACCGACCUAAGAUGCGAUUGCGCGUCAGAGACACCAAUGGGCACUGCUGUGUUCAGUAGAAAGAAGUGUAAACGAAGGCUGACUUGAUUGUACAUUUAGAGGGAACUCUUGGUACCUGGAAAUGUGAAUCUGGAAUCUUUAACUGUGUCACCAAAGUAGUGAUGGAUUCAGUACUCCUCAACCACUUUCCUAAUGAUUGGAAAAAAGCAAACAAAAAAGAAAUCCCUCUAUAACAUGAAUAAAAUGUU